AUGACAAACACUACGUCGUCUACGCCUGAUCCGAUGCAGAAUAUGCAGCAACAGGCAAUGCCAUUUGCGAUGCCCCCAUUCUACGGCAAUCCCUUCAUGUCUCCAUUUAUGCCCCAGGGAGCUCCAGAAGGCCAAGCACCGGCUAUGCCCCCAAAUUUUGGCCAACAACCGCCGAUGGCAGGUAAUAAUGGCCAGAUGGGAUUCUUUGUGACGCCGGCACAAUAUCAGGAGAUGAUGCAGCAGUAUUUUCAGCAAAUGAUGGCUUCAGCCGCCUUCAACAUGCCAUUCCCCAUGCAGCAACAAUUUGCAAGACCGGAGAGUCAGGCGAGCUCCAUCAAAGCCGACGAAUCGUUGGGAGCAGCUAUUGGCCAGAUUGACAUCUCGGACCGGAACUUGAGUCCGAAACCGACGAAAGAUGAACUGAUCACCUGCAAUGGCGAAUCCACCUCCGAAACUCGAGCAUCAACCUCGAACAAAGAAAAUACCCCAAAUGACGAUACCGAAUCGGUGGCUUCGUCGAAAAGCGCUGAAAAUUCCUCUUCGGAAGCGACCAAUGGCCCCCGGAAGUCAUCCACCGAAACUGGCCCCCAACCCGGCGACAAGGAAAGCCGCACAGCCUCCCUCAUCCAAAAACAAAUGUCCGAAAUUGAGAAGGAAAUCACCCGGCGGACACAGAAUAAGAAUAUCAAACAGAUGGACGACGCCGAACUGGCCGAGCUGAUGGGCCAUCUGCCUGCCGCUGUAGCCCAGGUCCCGAAGCGCAUCCCCCCAUAUACAUAUACUGCUGCCCUCCCCUUCAGUUCCGGCCAACCGGAACAAACGGAACAACCCGGAAAACAGACGCUCAACCAGCUGCGAUCUUCCUUUAAUCUGCCACCGGAAGGGGCCGGACUUCCGCCCAAUUCCGUGCAACAACAACUACAAAAUACGGUGGAACCCGACUUUUUCCAUCAGCCUCCAAUGGCUGCCCCGAUCCCUCAACAAUCCCAAAAUGGACAUCAUCCGGCUGUUGUUGAGACGCCUUCCAUUGCCAGUAUCGCCCAGGCGAGGUUGAGCAUGGGACAACCGGGUGGAUUGAUCGAACCUCCGCCUCAGGCCGCGAAUCCCGUCAAGAAAAGGACCUCGCACUCCUCAGAAAAUGGAGGCCCAGAAGGCGAUGAGCCCGUUUGGGUGAUGAGGGAUAGCUAUUUGAGACGACUGCAAAGAGAUCAAGAACAAACUACAACAACAACACCAUCUACAGUAUCUGGGGAAUGGCCAAAUGAGCAUCAUCAACAAUCACCCACAAAUGAGCAAGGACCGGAGAGGGAUGAACAGGAAACCGAUAGACUACUCGUCGAAAAGGACGUCUCACCCGCCAAAGACCGACGAGCCUCCCAUAAAUCGUCGAAAGAAACCCUUGUACACGAGCCAGCAGUUCUGAUCGAGGGCGUCCUAUUCCGAGCUCGAUACCUUGGGUCGACACAGCUGGUGUGCGAGGGAAGAUCGACAAAGACGGCGCGAAUGGCACAGGCGCAAGAGGCCGUCGCCAGGGUUAAGGUACGG